UUAUAAACUAGACUUAUAAACCCACUUCCUGCUCCUAGUUUGUUCUGUUAACCCUACCCUCUCCAAAUCUUUGAGCUCAGUAAUCAUGGCGUGCAGUGCCUCAACUUGCCAGUCAAAUUGCUACAGAGACCAACCACAAGAAGAAGAAGAAGAUGCCAAACACACCAAUACCAAUUCAAUUGCUACUAACACAAUCAGCAACAACAACAGAAACAACAGCCAUGGUUUGUGCCUCAAGUGCAAGGCCAACCCUCCCAUCUCCGCCGAUACCCACGCCGACGAUUCCCGUUUCUGCGCCGAUUGCUUCCGCGCAAACCUCUUCGGCAAGUUCAGGUUCGCCGUCACCUCCAACGCCAUGAUCUCUCCCACUGAUAACGUCCUCGUCGCCUUCUCCGGCGGCCCUUCUUCCAGGGUUGCUUUACAGUUUGUACAUGAGAUGCACAGUAAAGCGCAGAAGAAUUUUGAUGCUAGUAGGGAUAGAUCGUUACCGGUGUUCGGUGUUGGAGUUGCAUUUAUUGAUGAAACUAGUGUUUACUCUGUUCCAUCCAGUGAACAAGACAAUGCAAUUGGAGACAUUACAUCUAUUGUGGAAAACCUAGCCCUGCCGACAAAACAAUUGUAUGUUGUGCCGAUUGAGAGUGUCUACUCUGAAGAUUCUGGCGAUGGCAGGGAGAGACUGAAGAAGUUACUAGAUGCUGUUCCUGACGCCACUGGAAGAGAAGAUCUUUUACUACAUCUGCGGAUGUUGGCCUUGCAAAAGAUUGCCUCACAAAAUGGAUACAACAGACUUCUACUGGGAUCAUGCAUAUCGAGGAUUGCUUGCCAUGUUAUUACAGCCACUGUGAAGGGACAAGGAUAUUCACUACCAGCAGAUAUUCAGUAUGUUGAUUCAAGGUGGGAAAUCCCAGUUUUGCUUCCUCUUCGUGAUUGUCUUGCACAAGAGCUGAACAUGCUUUGCCGCCUUGAUGGUCUAAAAACCGUUGAUUUCAUAAGAAGUCCUGGCUCUGGCAUUAAUGGGUUGGUUUCAUCAUUUGUGUCGCUCUUGCAGGAAGAAAACCCUUCUCGGGAGUGCACAAUUGUGAGAACAGCUGGAAAGCUUAUCCCAUUUCAUUUCAACAGAAUUCAAGAGAUCGAUGACUCUAAUGUCCCUUUGGCAACUCGAAGGCGUCAGAAGAGAUAUAACCUUAAACCUAAUGAAUGUUUUUCUUCAGAGUCAUUCUGCUUUAUCUGCAAUGGCCCACUUAGCAAAUCUGAUUUGCUAAGUUUGCGCAAUCUGGAACAAUGCCAAACAAGUCCCGACACUUUUGUUGGUGCCUGCUGUUCGAGCUGCCGGUUUCAGGUACUUCCCCAGGACCCUUCAUUACUGGAUCAAUUUUCUGCAGUUUUACCUCGGCAGCUGGUCGCUCGGGUAAAGCAUGACAACCUUGACAAUUACAGUGUGCUCAGGGAACAAAUACAAGAUUGCUUGCUUUCAGAAAGCGACGAUGAAACCUGAGUUGGCCCACUCAUGGGGUUAUCAUUCCCUUAAGGCACCGCAUACGCACUAUUCCUAUUGGCUUGGUCAGACAUUUUGAAAGGAUAGCAGACUUGUACUAAAGGCAAUCAAAAAGAAUUGCCUAUUCCUAUUGGCUUGGUCAGACAUUUUGAAAGGAUGGCAGACUUGUACUAAAGGCAAUCAAAAAGAAUUGCCGACAUCAAUGUUAGGCUCCCUAAUCGUCUAGGUUUCAUUCUGAAUAGCCAUCAAUAGUUUCUAUCUUGAUGACGGGAUUUACAUUGGAAAGAUUUUUUUUUUUGGUGAAUACAUUGAAAGAUAAUAUGUAUUAA